AUGGGCUUAGGAGGCCAGGAAACGCCGUCGUUUGUGAGUGAUUUUCUGGAAAAGUGUGGUGGCUAUGCUGUUCUUGACGGUGGGUUUGCCACUGAGCUUGAACGACAUGGAGCUGACCUCAACGACCCUCUCUGGAGCGCCAAAUGCCUUAUCAGUUCUCCUCACCUCGUCAGAAGGGUACACUUGGACUACCUUGAUGCUGGCGCAAACGUCAUAAUAACCGCGUCUUACCAGGCCACCAUUCAGGGUUUUGAGGCCAAAGGUUUCUCUAAAGAAGAAGCCAAAGCCUUGAUUAGGAAAAGUGUAGAAAUUGCAAUUGAGGCAAGGGAAAUUUAUUAUGACAAAUUGCAAUCAAGACGUCCAGUUCUAGUUGCAGCAUCUGUGGGCAGCUAUGGGGCAUACUUGGCUGAUGGCUCUGAGUAUAGUGGAAACUACGGUGAUGCAGUUACCGUUGAGACGUUGAAGGAUUUCCACAGGGAAAGGGUACAGAUUCUAGCCAACUCCGGUGCUGAUCUUAUCGCAUUUGAGACAACGCCGAAUAAGAUAGAAGCAAAGGCAUAUGCUGAGUUGCUUGAGGAAGAAGGAAUAGACAUUCCAGCCUGGUUUUCCUUCACUUCUAAAGAUGGAAUCAAUGUGGUCAGUGGCGAUUCGAUCUCAGAGUGCGCCUCUAUUGCAGAUUCAUGCAAGCAAGUUGUUGCUGUUGGAAUCAACUGCACCCCUCCCAGAUUCAUCCAUGGACUGGUUUCAUCGAUUCGGAAGGUUACAAGCAAACCAAUAGUCAUAUACCCCAACAGUGGUGAGACUUAUGAUGGUCUGACCAAGCAAUGGGUGCAAUCAAGCGGGGAGGUCGAUGAAGAGUUUGCAGACAUAGUGAUAGGCAAGUGGCGUGAGGCCGGGGCUUCUCUAUUCGGAGGCUGCUGCAGGACAACUCCAAAUACCAUAAGGGCCAUAUCUAGAGUUCUCUCCAACAACAAGUCUUCUGCAAUUAACGAGGAUGCUUAA